AUCCCUGCCCGGCAACCAGCUCUUCAGCACCCUCCCCAUCUCCGUGUCCUUGCUCACCAACCUCACCUCCGUUGAGCUAUCCAAUAACAACAUAACGGGUUCCAUCCCCACAGCUUGGUUCCAACUUAGAGAUCUUGAAAUUCUAGAUCUAUCUCGCAAUCGCCUCACCUCCUCGCUCCCAGACGCUUUUGACUCCCUCUUCUCUCUGCGCCUGCUCAAUCUCUCAUCCAACAGCUUCUCAGGCACCCUCCCACCUUCCAUUGGCAAUCUCAAUUUUCUUGAAAAGCUGGACCUGCACGCCAAUCCGUUCUCCGGCUCGCUCCCGGCGGCACUAGCCCAGCUCUCCUCGCUCACACUCCUCGACAUAUCAACCACGGGCCUUCUAUGCCCACUGGAAGGCACCUGCCCUUCUACUGUCCCCCUGUCUUCCCUCUACUGCGAAUUCUGCUCCUCCUUCUGCCGAUACUGCAAUGAUCCCAGUGAGUGGUUUGGGGGAGAAAGGGAGUUGGUCUGGGGCAAAGGGGGGAGCUCUAGUCUUCCUCACAAGCCACCUGCCCCAGUCACACCGUCUCCAUGUCUUCCCUCUACUGCGAAUUCUGCUCCUCCUUCUGCCGCUACUGCAACGACCCCAGUGAGUGCUGUGGGGGAGAGGGGAAGCUUAGAGGGAAAUCGGUUGCUUUGA